GAAACCAUAAUGUCCUACUUUAACGACUUCAGAUUGAAUGAUAACGCAGUCAUAUUAUCACCUGCAUAUGGCACAGGGACUGUUUUGAAAGGUAGGGAUGCAGCUAAAAAUGUAUUACAAGCUAUACAAAGCGGUUUGAGACAUAUUGACUGUGCCCAAUUUUAUGAGAACGAGGAAAGCGUUGGAAAAGGAAUAAAAGCCAGCGGGGUACCGAGGGAAGAACUUUAUAUAACUACUAAAUACGCAACUGGUGAUAUACGCGAAACAUUUAGAAAUUCGCUCCUUUCACUCGAGGUAGAUUAUGUUGAUUUAUUCUUGAUUCAUAGUGCAAAGUACGCACAACCUCAUGGUUUAAUGGAAAGCUGGGAUCUACUCGAAGAGUUGAAAGAUAGCGGAAAAAUACGCAGUAUUGGUGUAUCAAACUAUCGUGUGGAUGAUCUGAAACAAUUCGUUGAUACCGCAAAAUACAAACCUGCAGUUAAUCAAAUCGAGUUCCACCCAUUUGUAUAUGGAAAAGCAAAGGAAUUGCUGUCAUAUUGCCAGAGCAAAGGUAUAUUAGUAGCCAGUUACGGUGGUCUUUCACCUAUCACUAAGAUCCGUCAUGAAGAUUUUGAUGAUUUACUUAAUAAGCUCUCACAGAAGUACAACCUCAGUCAUCAAGCUUUGCUUUAUAAUUGGGCACGUGCUCAUAAUGUUAUGGUAGUAACAACCUCAAGCAAAGCAGAAAGGUUAGAGGAGAUAAAGAGUCUUUCAGGCACAAAGUUAGACCAGGAAGAUGUUGAAGAGUUAGAUAGGAUCGGAGAAAAAUAUCAUCACCGUUAUUACAUGUCAGUUAUGGAUGAGAAGGAAUAAGCUUCCUUUGUACCUAAAAUAUACAAUGACAUUACCACGUGAUUGACAGCACUGCUAUAAUAAUUUAAUAAUUUCUAUUUGAU